AAACUCGAAUUUUUCUGUUGUGGCAUUAAUACACCUCCAGCACUCAAGUUCAUGCACUUAUCAAUAAUCACGAAAAGAGAAAGGCUUGCGGGAAAAGCAGAGGGAAGCUAUGAUACGAAAGCCGCGAAGAUCCAUCGCUCCAUUCAGGAAGGCCCAACCGACUCGUUCAACAAAUGGCGGUGAGAAGAAGAAAGAGAAAGGAAGAAUGUGGAAGGCUACAAUAUUGACAGUCUUUGGAAUUACUGCGAUCUGCUCUGUAUUUGUGAAGACAAGUAUCUGCAUCUUUCCAAGUAACCCAGAUUCGAAGAAGUCGUUGGCAACAAAGGCGUCGUCGUCACUCCUGGGUGCGAUUAGAGCACGGAGCGCCCAUUCCAUGAGCAAGUCGUUCGAGAUCCCUCUGUUACCCUUACCAAAAAAGAGCGAAAUCCUUGUUCCCACUGUUUCAAGAAACAUGAACCAGCCUUCGCUUGCAGUAAACCGUAACCGAACCCUUGUUGUUCUUAUUGGCGACUUACGGUGUGGAGAGACAGCCUGGAGAUCUCUGUAUACGAACGUACUUGACGCCAACCAGGCCGAUUUGGCCCUUUUUGUUCAGAUUCCUGAUCAAGUGGAAUAUAGCAAUGCUUCUCUGUUCACAAGGGCAAAACACAUUGAGUGGAUUCCAAGAUACGACGAUUGGGCCGAUGCAAUUGACCUCAUCGGGGGAUCUGAAUGGAGGAAAGCCGCCUUCGAAUUCUAUCCUUCGUCGAUCUACCCUCUUAUUCUUGGCGGGGUGAAAGGGUACGAUGCGAGUGCAGCCAUGGUGCACAUGUUUCGAUGGUUUGUGGCACAGCGUAUCCAAAAAGACGGCUGGGAGCAAACAUAUGAUCGAUUUAUCAUUACCCGUACAGACCAGUUUUAUAAAUGCCCAUUAAAGCUUUCAGAGCUACCCUCCGAGAGGAUCUGGUUAUCGGAAGGAGAGAACUAUUGGGGCUUUAAUGACCGCUUUUACACUGCACCGUCCAGCCUGAUUUUGAAAACUCUGGACGUUAUGCCUACAUUUCUGAGACAUCCUGACAUGUUUGUCAACGUGACUCCAAAGGAAAACAUGAACUCGGAGAUCUUUCUUAAGACAACAUGGACCAAGCUUGGCUUGGUCCCGCUAAUUGGACGCUUUAGACGCAUUCUGUUCACAUGUUCUAUUCCAGUUGAUACAACAAGAUGGUCUACUGGAAAAGAGCUUGCUCCGGAAGGCGUUCUUUUGAAAUAUCCUGAUGAGUACAAAGUAGCCACUGCUAGCUGUGAACGACUAUCCAAUGGUAAUGUUCCCCUCGUGCCCAAGCGUUAUAUGAACAUAGUCUAA